AUGAAAUUGUCUCAGGCAUUGGCUAGGAUACCUUUCUCUACAACACCACCAGCCAGCAGUUCAGAAGCUCCUGUUUCUUCAUCUGCUGUGAAUCCUUCGUCGCCGCCGCUAGUUGCUUCUAAUUCUGGUUUUGAUUCUGUUGUGUCUCAGGAGAUGCCAGGGAAGAUGGAAGGAAUAGAGGAGGGCAUUGAGAAGAUGAUUUAUAGAUGCCGGUUUCUUGCUAUUCUUGGAGUUUUUGGGUCUUUAAUUGGAUCAUUUCUAUGCUUCAUCAAGGGAACCACAUUUGUUGCAGGGUCUUUCUUAGAAUACUCUGUUAAUCGCACUAAAGUAAUGCAAAUGUUAAUAGAAGCACUUGAUGUUUAUCUUUUAGGAACUGUGAUGCUGGUGUUCGGAAUGGGUCUCUAUGAACUCUUCGUCAGUAACCUUGAUAGCACAAGCUCUCUGCCUGAUCAAAAUCCUUGUGACAGAUCAAAUCUAUUUGGCUUAUUCACUUUGAAGGAAAGACCAAAAUGGUUGGAUAUAAAAACAGUGAAUGAGCUGAAAACGAAGGUUGGUCAUGUGAUAGUGAUGCUGCUUCUGAUUGGUUUGUUUGACAGAAGCAAGAAGGCUACUAUACAAACUCCUGUGGAUUUGCUAUGCUUCUGUGCUUCUGUCUUUCUUUCUUCAAGUUGUCUCUUUCUGCUGUCAAAGCUGAAUGAUUCUAAUUGA